AUGACUAACUCUCAACCACCGGGUGCUCUACCUAGUGCUACGGUUACGAAUCCCAGAGACAAUAAUCAUGUGAACGCUGUGACUACCAGAAGCAAUAAAUCCAAUGACAAACCUGAGAAGAAUUCUGAUGAAGAAGAUAUAUUGAUUGAAGUGGAUGUAGAGAUUAAAGAAAAUGAGGUUGGCAUGAAGAUUCCGGUUAAAAAGAAAGAUCGAGGUUCAGUAACUAUUCCAUGCACCAUCGGUGAUAGGUCUUUCAAGAAAGCUCUGAUUGAUUUGGGAGCAAGUGUAAGUCUUAUGCCAUUAUCCAUCUACAAAAGAUUGGGAAUAGGUAAAGUACAAGAUACACGAAUGACACUUCAGUUUGCUGACCAAUCGGUGAAAAGACCGUACGGAGUGGUAGAAGACGUGUUGGUGAAAAUCGACAAGUUCGUAUUCCCUGUAGAUUUUGUUAUUCUAGAGAUGCCCGAAGAUGAAGAGAUACCAAUCAUUUUGGGGUGA